GCCCCAACAGCUGCUGCCUGGGGCUCAGGUGGAUGAGGGGGAUCAUUUGAGGCAGGACUUCGUGCUGUAGGAAUGGGGUGUCAGCUGGUGCUCCAUGAGAGUGGCCUUUGGGGACUGUCUGGAGGCAUUGCCACUGUGCCUGGGGCAGACCUGUGGAGCUGCCCCUCAUCCCUGUCUGCUGGGUGCACCAACACCUUGAGAUGUAACCCCCAAACUGCCUCAGGGGUGUUGAAAAAGCGAAAACCAGACAAAGCCCAACCUUGUUUUUCAAAGUCUGAGAUGCUCUGAGAAAGCCACUGGAAUGCAGUGGGGGUGAUGUGGAAGUGCUACUCAUCAGUCACAGCCCUGAGGAGAACCCCCUCCCAGGCCUUCCUGGGCCACACAGACAGAGGUUUUCUGAUGGAACUGAUGUUCUGAAGGGCUUGCUGCCUGAUGGGAUGGGGACAGGCCCCAGGAGCCCUUGGGCAUGCAGAACUUUGCUUCCAGAGCGUCAUGAACUUAAACCCAAGGAUGGGUUUUGCAGAGCUUAACCAUGAUGAUGCUGUGCUCAGGGUAAGAUGAGGCCAUGGGGUACCAAAAAUAUGCACAGGGUCUUUUCCAGGCAUCCCAGGGUGUCUUUUUCCUUUCUGCAACAUCCAGUCCUUAAAAAGGUUCUUUGCCACCCAAAUUCCCCACCUGGUUUAUAAGCAGGAGCUCCUGCCCCUCUCUUGUGGCCACAGGCCAGUAGCUCCUAACCCUGGGCUGGCUGUGGCCAUAAACCCCUAAUCUCUGUUGUACCUUGCAUCAUAAACAUCUCAGCUCAAGGCCUGGCAUGGCUCUGCCUCGACCUCCACAAGAUAAAGCCAUCUCAGGCUGACCAUAGUACAAAACAUUCAAUUUUUAUGGAGACCUCUUAUCUCCCAAAACUCAGAGCAAUCCUGCCUUUUUAUCACCAGGACCUGAGACAUCCUUUCUACUUAUCCUUAGGAAUUGCUGCUGCUUGAUUAGGUGGAGGGGAUGAUGUAUUUGCCUGAACAUUAAACUUUAGCUGACCUCUCCUUCUCCUUAAGUAUUGUGCUUUUUACCUCUGCCAGGCCGUGGUCAGCCCUGGCUCCGGCCUGGCUGGGUCCCUGGGGAUGCAGGGGGAUGGAGCAGGAGUGACCUGGGGGCAUGAAAGAACACUGCAAUGGUGUGAGAAUGUCUCAUGGUUAUGUACAUUUGGAAGAAAAUUGCAGUCCUGCAGCACCUGCUGGCCCUCAGGCAUAGGGGAGCAUGGACAGCAGGACUGUGUGGCUUGGAGCAUCCCUGGAGCACCCAGCUCCACUGCCUAAUCCCACAGCCAGCUCCCAAGGGAGGAGAGACGUGCUGGUGGGUGCAUUCAGAGCAACUUGCCCUUACCAGCUUUUCCCAGAUCCCUCCAAUCAAAUGCACCACCCCAGGACCAAAUCAGCAAUCAAUCACCAUUUUUCUUAUUUGCUUAAAAGGGGAGUUACUCUCCUGCUCUGAACAACCUUUCCAGCUGUGGCUUCUUUGCAUGGAAACACCCAGCUGCCUUGGUGCCCUCAGCUGCUAAUUCCUGCAGGGACACAGUCGAUUUAGAGAGGUAGAUCUGGGACCUUAGAAGCAGGAGGGCUCCAGGGCGGCUGCCUAUCAUAGGCAUCACUGCCUUUCUGCCCAGGAUGAUGCAGUGAACAAAGCUGCCUUCCCUGGGCCUCUGCCAUCCUGCACUGGACAGGGCUGCUGGAGGAUGGAGCAGGGAAGCAUCCCAAAAAUUCCAAGAAGCUUUUGGAAAAGAAAAGACUAUGAAGACAGAUGGGAAUUUACAGGCCAGCACCCCAGGUGGGAUCUGAGUGCCUUCUCCAGUAUGCUGCCAUCAUGAGAAGGUUUAAGGACCUGAUUUAUAGAUGCCUAAAUAAAUACAUGGAACUAAUAUAUCACAAUACAGUGAGUAUUUAUCCAUUUUGCAGGGGGAGUGGGAUGGAAGUAGAAGGCAGCGUCUCUUUUAAGGCCAUCCCUGCUGUAAUUCAUGCCCCGAGGCGACCUGCCAAGGGGAGGAGAAAGAAUUCUGCAGGCAGCAGUAUUGAUGGGCUACUCCUAGCAGCUUUGUUUUAAUUAAUUUCCAAAGUGCUCCUUGUAGUGGAUCAGGCAGCUCCUUCAAAGCCUCCUUCCACCCGCUGCUGCCUGUGCUCUUGUGCUGUGCCAGCGUGGGGUCUGGGGUAGUGGGGUGUGCCUGGGAGCAUCUCUGCUCCUUCAAGCCCCCAGGCUUUUUUGGUUAAAAAGUGCAGAAGUGGUUGCUGCUUUUAAGCAGGGGGGGAUUCCCCCUGGCCAAGGGGCCUCUUUGAUGCUCACAGCAUGGGCAAGCAUAUUUGUCAGGGCUUUUCUCUUCCCCUUUUUAUUGACUUUCUGCUUGUUCCUGCUGCCAGGGGUCAGCUGGGGCGUUGGCUGGACUUUGCCAAAAGUCCACCCAAACCAGCCGGUUCCCAGGUGCUGACGCAGGGCCCUGCCCCUAAGAUACAAGGGGUUUGAGCUCUGGGUUUGCAGCCUAGUUGGGUGUGUGGUGGUGGGGCUGGGAAGGGCUGGGAAGGCUGAGUAAGCGGGUUUGUGAACCUGGACUGCAUUUGCCCUGCAUCCAGUAAGGUGAGAGCAGUAACUGCAGCUCAGCGCCGAAUUUGGAGGUGUCUUGGCUGACAUGGAGGGACCUGUCCCCAUCCAGGACGCCAUGCUGACCGACACGGAGCCCUCCAACACCAUCAAACUGCUGCACCUGCUUUUCCUCUCCACGUCCUGGGGAAUGCAGAUCUGGGUGACCUUUGUGGCCGGGUUUGUGAUGAGCAGACACCUCCCUCGCCACACCUUCGGCUCCAUCCAGCGUGAGCUCUUCCCCUACUACUUCCACAUCAGCUCCACUUGUGCCUUCCUCAACUUGACUCUGUUUGCCAUGUGCCACCCCAGCGAGCGCCUCAGCGAGGAACACACGACCCAGAUCAUCCUCUUCUUCGUUUGCAUCGCUGCUUCUGUGCUGAACACACAGUGCUUCGGGCAGGUCACCUCCGACAUCGUGGCAGACCUGCACGCCGUGGAGCGCAGCCACGGCCUCGGCCACGAGGUCGGGCUGGUGGCCAGCGAGUCCCGCAGGAACCUGCGAGCCUCCAACCCCAGCUACAGGCAGCUGUGCCGGCAGUUUGCCCUCUACCAUGCUCUGUCCUCCCUCUGCAACCUCUGCUGCGUCGUGUGCAAUGGCCUGAGCCUGUACCACCUGGCUGCCAAACUCUCUGCCCUGUGAGGGCAGGGCACUGCGAGGCGAUCGAUGGCUGCCUGGCCAGAACCAGCAUACUGUGAAAAGCGAGCCAUCCUGCUGCCUUGCUGUGAAGUAACUCUGAGGUUGGGAGACUAAAUUGCAGCAUCCUCAGGUGGAGAUACUCUUACUGUAUUUGGGCAUGGUGCAGAAACUCAGGAAUAGCGAAAUGGAAAUGCUCUCUCUGCAGCUGUCUGAAGGCAGCCUCCGUGAUCUAAGCAGGAGUGUUUAUGGCUCAACAGCUUUCUUAAUGCCCUCUGCAUUAGCUGUGUUUAAAACUGCAGUGUAUUUCUGCAGUCACAGAGAGACUGCAGAAGAGAAAGAAAUGAGAUUUAGAAUUACUUUUAAUUAAAAGCUGAAAGCUAGUAGAGAAGCACAGAAGACCCUGUAUGUUGGCUGUAUCAGUUAGUGUAAUGGAUAAGGUUGUUACGUUAGUGUUUACAAUUACUGUUUGCCACUCUCUUCCAGUACUUCAUGAGGUGAAAAAAAAUAUUGUCUCAUUCAUUAGGCAGAAGUCAGUCUAGUUAAAAUAGCCAUGUUUAUUCCAGGUUCUGUAAUACAAUCAGUAGAGUAGCAAAAGGCUCAAUAAAACACUGCUCCAAACCAGGAGCUCUGCUGUACCUUGGCCAGCAGCAGAGCCAAGCAGUGACAAAACAGCAGCUGCUGGAUCCCAGGCAGGGACUUGAUUGCAUCCGCCCUGCUGCAACAGGCAGGUACUGCCCCAGCCCACUUGCUGUUAAACCCCAGCAACUACAGCCCACCUCUGAGGAAAUCUGUGAUUCUUCUCAGGUAAGGAACUGCAUUUCCAGCUGCUGUUGCUGAAACCACAGCCAGUGUUUGGCACUGCAUCAGGUUUAUUUCAAAACCACAUGCAGCCUAUCAUAGAGGAGACCUUCUGCAAGCCAGCUGGGUUUCUUUUCAAACAAAUAAUCCCCUCAUGUAAGCCCUUCAUUCUCCUAUGCUGCUUUCCUGGAAGUUUCCCCAUGUGCCAAGAUUAUUCCUCUUCCCUGAAGUGUGCAAGGUAUUUUUGUUCAAGCAGAAGUUUGCAGCCUGUAGCUGGGCUAAUGAACAGCAGCCUCUGGCGCAGGAGUCCUCGUUUCACUCUUGCUCAUUACAGUCGAUGCACCUUCUUCCCAGAGAAGUAUUUCUUAGAGAAAGGAGAACGCUUCACAAAUACCAAAACUGUUGGAGUCCCAGCCUUUACAAAAUACCUGCAAAGAUUAAAAGGACUCCUUUGCUUCCUUGUAGUUGGGCAAGUGUCCUGCAAAUCAAGUGACUUUCACCCUGCUCCAUAAAGACUGACCCUCCCCAAGGCCAGUGAUGAGCUUUUGUGCAGAUUAGCAGAGCCUCUUGGAGUAGGGGCUAAGCACAUCUGAGGAGGAGUGUUUUAUGAGUCAGCUCCUCUCCCAACAGCUACUUUUAAUUAAAGCAGCUGUUAUUCUCCCUCUGGAAGGAGGUGUCUCUUGCAACUGCCCUUACAGCCUGAAAUCUGAGGGCUUGUGCACGCUGCUGAGUUUUAUGGAGUGACAGCUUGGCCAGAGCCUGCAGCAGCGACCGAGAUCCCACUGCAACAGCCCGUGCUGUGCAGCAGCUUCCUCCAGCUAUGAGACGGUGCAACUUAACAGCAUAGGCUUCACAAUAACUUUUUGGCUUUACUAACAGCAAAUUCUUCUCUCUCAAUAACUGCACAACACUUUAAAGCCAGUUUCAGAGGGGAACAGUGCUGCAUGCUGUGUCGGGGGCUGCUCACACAGCAUUAUGAACAGUGAGAGCAUUGUUAACCUUCAACAUGCUCUUAUAGGCUGUUGCCUUUUUUUUUUUUUUUUUUAAAGUAGUACUGUGUAGAUGGGAUCUGGAACAGCCCUUUUGUGCUGCUCAGCUGUUCCCAGUUCCUCUUCCCAUCUCCAUCCAGACCUGGAAAGAGUUGUUCAUUUUUUUGUGGGGGAAAACAUAUGUAAGUCACUAAAGCCAGGCACAAAAUCCAUGCAGCCUUACUGCUUUAAACCUUUAAGAUGAAGGACUAUUAAAUCAGAGAAGAGUUAGAACUAAUAAAUAACAAA